GUUAAUGGCAUAAAAGUGUUUUAAUUUUUAUUAGCACGAACACCGGGCCCUGCCUACACACGAGACAUCAUCCACAGCUACCAGAGCAGCCACAGGUCUCCAGGUUUUAGUUGUGCAUUUGCUGCCAUCGCUGGAGGAUCGUUGGAUCGUCGCGUGUGCCGUUCGUUCUAAUAAAAUCAAUCGCAAAGAUCUUCGCGUGUGUUGUUGUGUGUGUGUGUGUGUGUGUUUUGUUGUUUAUGUUUGUCGUUUCUUGAAAAGGGUUUUAAAUGUUUUAAUGCAACCGUUUUUAUUAUCGUUUCAUAUAGUGUGAGGAGACUUCAAUCCGAUUUGUUUGAUCUUACACCAGUGCAUAAAAUACAUCCAAACAACCAAGUUUAUAUAUGAGAAAAAUAUAUAUGUACAUACAUAUAUACGCACAGAAGUCCGGAAAUUGAGUGUGGCAAGAUCCAUAAAAAUAACUUAAGUUGUUGUUAUUCUAAAUAACGCGUUGACAGCAGUAAGUGGCUGAAGCUCAAGGAGCUGUCCAAAAUAAGUGCAACCAAGAAGCUGCCACAGCGCUGUUGAGAGUCCAAGUGGCCAAUAGCAAACAGCAAGCGCGGCAACAACGUUGGCGUUGCAACGUCCUUGACAAAGAGCGGACGUUCGCACAGAUCAACUCAAAGUGAAGACGACGACGACGACGACACGACGAGGCGAUGAAUUGGACGCGCGUGUUGCUAAUGGGCGUGGCCGCCCUGGCGCUGACACUUGUGGAGGUUGCAUCACUCUCACUGGAUCCAGUGGCGUCUGCUGAGCUGGAACAGUUUAUCAGGAAGGGGGAUGUGGUCAUAUCCACGCGACACAUAAGACCCCGGCGCAAGCUGCACAUCUCGAUUGAGGCCCUGUUCAUGAUUGACUUUCCCAUGCUGAAGCACAAGAUGUCCUUCUUCCUGGAUCGCAAGCAGCAGCGCGUUACGCUGGACAUCAGCGCCAAUGGGGCGACCGAGUCACGCAACUUUGAGAUACCGAAUAUAAAUGAGACGAGCACCAUACGCUCGCUGGCACUGCAGUUCUCCAAGAACCGCAUCACACUCCAUGUGGACUGCAAGCCGAGCACCUUCCACGACAUCGACAUGAGCCUGACCAAGCUCUAUACCCAAAUGGACGAUCCAGUCAUUAAGCUGUUCAGGGAACGCAAGUAUCCACUACAUUUCGAUGCCGACAUGGAGCAUUCGCUGCAGCGCGCCAACUGCCAGAAGGGACUCCAUCGCCGGGGCAAUCGACGCAUGCUGCGCAACAAGAUCAGCGAGCGUGAGAAGAACAAGAAACGCGACGUGCGUAACAAUUGGUACUAUGAGCCGACUCUGGCCCGGGAAGGCGUCGAUCAGCGCCAUCAGGAGGUGCCGACGGACACGGAACGCGGCGAUAUACCCAUCAUGCAUGGCGAUUGUGAAGACGCCCUCGCACGCUCGCUGAGCGAUCUCUUGGCAUUGGUUAAGCUGCUGCGUGAAGAUGUCGCCCACCAGCGUCAGGAGAUUGCCUACUUGCGCAUGCUGCUGGAGAACUGUGCGGGCUGCAAGGAGCCCAGCGGCGAUAAUCACAUACGCCUCGAGCCCAAUUGCCGCACUGCGAAUCCUUGUUAUCCUGGCGUUGAUUGCCAUGAGUCUGCCACGGGACCAAGGUGCGGCCGUUGUCCUGCCGGCUACAUUGGAGAUGGCAAAGUCUGCAAGCCGGGCGUCAGCUGCGCGGACAGGCCCUGUUUUCUAGGCGUUCAGUGUCACGAUACGGUGAACGGUGCUCAGUGUGACUCCUGUCCGGUUGGCUAUGAAGGCGAUGGACGCACAUGUACGCUACGUAAUCCUUGCCUGGAAUCACCAUGCCCCUCAGGUGUCGAAUGCAUUCAGCUGGGAUUUGCGCCUUACUUUCAGUGCAUCUCCUGUCCACGUGGACAUAAAAUCAAUGGCACCAGCUGCCACGAUGUGGAUGAGUGUGCGCUCUAUCAGCCCUGUGAUGGAUUGGCCGUUUGUAAGAAUCUCAAUCCGGGCUUUCUCUGCGGCCCCUGUCCGCCUGGCUUUGAUGGCGUUCAUGCGCAUGGCUAUUCAGCGGAUUACUUGGCCGUGGGCUUUCAGAAGCAAACCUGCUUGGAUAUAGACGAAUGCAAGUUGGGCUUCUUUAGAUGCCCGGAGCAUGCGACUUGUCAAAAUAGCAUUGGCUCCUACCGAUGUCAGUGUCAUGAGGGCUAUGUGGCCAAUGGCACCUUCAGUUGCCUGUCCGCGUCUGAGCUGUGUCCCGAUGGCAGCAUCUGUGCCAGGAAUGCGGAAUGCGUGGCCCUCGAUAACUAUAAUUAUCAAUGCCGCUGCAACGUUGGUUGGGCGGGCAAUGGCAAGGUCUGUGGUCGAGAUCGGGACUUGGACGGCUGGCCGGAUGAGUCGCUGAACUGCGCGGAGCCACACUGCCGGCGCGACAACUGCCCCGAUUUACCGAACUCUGGGCAAGAGGAUGCCGACCUGGAUGGCGUUGGCGAUGGCUGCGACGAUGAUGCGGAUAGCGAUCAGGUGCUCAACAGCAAGGACAACUGUCCGUUUGCCUAUAACAGCGAUCAGAUGGACACGGAUCACGACGGUGUGGGCGAUGCCUGUGACAACUGUGUGUUCAUACCCAAUCGCCGGCAACUGGACACCGACGAGGAUGGCAUGGGCAAUGAGUGCGAUGAUGAUAUUGACAACGAUUCAGUCCUAAAUCAGUAUGACAAUUGUCCUGCGCUGCGCAACCCAAAUCAAUCUGAUGUGGAUAACGAUGGAGUGGGUGAUGUGUGUGACAAUUGUGCCACGAUUCCGAAUCCAAUGCAGGAGGAUCGCGACAUGGAUCUGGUGGGCGACGCCUGCGACAGCGACAUCGACGGCGAUGACGAUGGCAUACAGGACUCGGAGGAUAACUGUCCGAUGGUCAGCAAUUCGGACCAACUGGAUACAGAUUUUGAUGGCAAAGGCGACGCCUGUGACGACGACGUUGAUGGCGAUGGCGUGCCCAACUACAGAGACAACUGUCCGUUGGCUAGAAACCCAGACCAAUUGGAUGUUAAUCACAAUGGCAAGGGCGAUGUGUGCGAGGAUGAUGAGGAUGAGGACGGCACGCCCAAUAUAAUCGACAACUGUCCAAACAAUUCCAUGAUACAUCGCACCGACUUCCGCACAAUACGCUCAGUUAUUUUGGACCCAGAAGGUGAUGCCCAGCUGGAUCCCAACUGGGAGGUGCAUGCGAAUGGCUCAGAGAUUCUACAAACUCUGAACUCCGAUCCGGGCUUGGUCGUUGGCAGCGAUUCCUUUGGAGGUGUUGAUUUUGAGGGCACUUUCUAUGUCAACGAUGAUACGGACGACGACUAUGUUGGCUUCAUCUUCAGCUACCAGAGCAAUCGCAAAUUUUAUGUGGUGCAGUGGAAGAAGGGCACACAGACCUACUGGCAUUCAUCACCCUUUCGGGCGUCCGCGGAGCCAGGCGUCCAGAUAAAGCUGAUUGACAGCAACACGGGACCGGGAUCCAUGCUGCGUAACAGUUUGUGGCAUGCUGGCGAUACGCCUGGACAGGCAAGGCUUCUUUGGAAGGAUCCGCUAAACGCUGGCUGGAAGGAGAAGACCUCGUAUCGGUGGUCCCUAGUGCAUCGACCUACCAUUGGCCUCAUCAGAUUGCGUAUAUUUGAGGGCGAACGCUUGAUUCUGGACUCGCACAAUGUGUACGACGCCACGCUUACCCUCAAGGGCGGAAGGCUGGGCGUUUUUUGUUUUUCUCAGGAAAUGAUUAUAUGGUCGGACCUGGUUUACAAAUGCAACACUCGCGUACCGCCCCACAUCUACAACGAACUGCCCACACAUCUGAAGCUCAAAGUGGAAUUGGAGAACUAAACAUAGGCCAGACACAGUUCUUUAUCUGAUUAUUGGCACAGCUUUGCAACCAGCGAAAGGUAA